AUGAAAAAUAUAGAGGAAAUGCCAUCAAAAUCACAAUUAGUUGCUCAUAGAUCAAGAGGUUUAAUCAAUACCUCAAAUACUUGUUUCAUGAAUGUUAUCCUUCAAUCUUUAACAGGUUGUCAAUUGUUUUUAAGGGUUAUUAAAAAUUUAUCAGAUUUAGAAGAUUUAGGAAAAUAUCCAACUUUACAUAGUUUUAACCAAUUUUAUACAGAAUAUUUUUCAAAUCCUACUUCAAAUAUAUUGAAUAAUAAUAGUAAUUCAACAACAACAACAUCUUCAUCUUCAACUACAGCUACAACAACAUCAACAUCAAAUAAUAAUAAAUCGCAAACACCAACAUCACCAAUACAACAACAUCAUCAGAGUCAAACUAAUGGUUUAAGUAAUCAACCAUCAGUAGCAACACAAUCACAACAACAACAACAACCACAACCACCAAUUAAUCCGAAACAUUUUAAUGAUUUAGUUAAAUCAUUUAAUUCAAAAGUAUCACCAGUACCUCAAACAACCGUUUCACCUCAUUCAAUGGUUCAAGUUUCAAAAAAGAAAUUAAAACUUCAACUUUAUAAUAAUUCGUUACCACAAACUAUUUGUCAACAAGAUGCUCAAGAAUUUUUAGUAUUCCUUUUAGAUUUAAUUCAUGAAGAAUUUUUAACAUUAAUAAAAGAUAUUGAUAUACCAAAAGAGGAUGAUAAAUCAACACCAACAUCAACAUCAAUUGUUGACGAUAAUUGGGAAGUAGUUGGUAAAAAGGGUAAAACUGCAAUCAUUACAAAUAGUCAACAAGAAUUACCAAAAACUCCAAUUUCACAAAUAUUUUCAGGUGUUUUAAGAAGUAGUUUUAAUAGAACCGGAAGUAAAGAAUCAAUUACAGUUGAACCAUUUUAUUGUUUACAUUUGGAUAUUAGACCAGAAGAGAUUAAUAGUUUAGAGGAUGCACUUAAAUUCUUUAUGAAACCAGAGAUUAUUGAAGGUUAUACAUGUUCAACUAAAAAGAUUGAAAUAUCAGCUUCAAAGAGUUGGUCCUUUGAAUCAUUACCAAGAAUUUUAAUUGUUCAUUUCAAGAGGUUUGCUUUUGAGAGUGAUACUUCAAAGAAAUUGGAUAAAUUAAUUCGUUUCCCAACUCAAUUAUCACUUUCAACCGCUUCAAAUCAUCAAACUCAAAAGAAAUACUCACUAUUCUCUGUCGUUAGUCAUCAUGGUAGAGGUUUAUCUCAAGGUCAUUACACUUGUGAUAUCUAUCAACCACAACAAGCUCAAUGGAUUAGAUAUGAUGAUUCAACUUUUACUGAAGUAAAAGAACAAGAUGUUUUAAAUAGAGAAGCUUAUCUAUUAUUAUAUCAACUUGUUAAUUAA